AUGGGGAAGGAGGAAAAAGAAGCGGGAAUGGAAAAGGAGGAGGCAGAGGCAAUGGGUAUUGGGCUGAUAGGCAAAGGACAGGUGAAUGCAGAGAACGUUGAGAAGGAUGUAAAGUCGCAUAGGACGAAUGUGGGGGCUGCUGGGGUGGAUGGAAGCUGUUUUCGAGAGGGUGGUGCUGAUGCUGCGAGGGAGGGGAAGGAGGGAGCGGGAGAGGAGGGAACAGAGGGAGGGGAUGGAGAUGAGGGAAGGGAGGGAGAGGCACGUGUGAAAGAGGAGGCGCCAACAAGCCAACAGGAUGAGGAGCAGCGAGGGAAACGGGGUGCAGAGCAAGAUUAUGAGGGAGGGAGCGAGAUGAUUGAGCAAAACAAAGGGCGUAGUGACAAGGAACUGAAAGGAGGAGGGCGGAAGAGAGGAAAGGAGGAGGAUGCUUCUAUUGAGUCGCGCAGGGAUGGGCUCAAUAGCGGGUACAAGGAGGAGGGGAAGGGGGAGAGUGGGAAGAAGGUGAAGAUCGAGCAGGGAGCUAAAGAUGACGCAGCCUUUGGUGCUGAGGAUAUCAAGCUGAUGACGAAGGGGAGGAUAGGAGAUGAGGAGAGGGGCGGAGGGGAGUUGGAAGGUAGAGACGAGAAAGCGGAAGGAGGAGGAGGGCGGGUAGAAGAAAAAGAGUUUGUUGUAAGUGAGGUUGGUGGAGGGAAAGAGGAUAAGCUUAAAGGGGGGAUGACUUCUGGGGAAGGGAAGGGAGAGAAAUUGGUGGUGGUGAAACGUGAGCACGAAGCAGCAGAGGGAGGGGCGUUUGGUUCGGAAUCGAUUCGGCUGAUGAAGAAAGGGCGGAAGGGACAUGCAGAGGCGAAAGAGGAGAAAAGGGAGAAAGAGGAGGAAAGGGAGAACAAGGAGAAAGAAGGGAACGAGGUGAAAGGGGUGAAAGAGGAGGAGGAAAUGGCAGAGGUGGAGUGUGCAGUCAGACUUACGCCAAAAGCAGUUGGUGGGAUGAAGAGGAGGGGUGGUGGGGAGAGACGGAUGGUGUGGAAGACUGAUAUUGACGACAGAGGACGGGAAGUCACAAGGCAGGUGGGGGUGGAUGAGUUCGGGAAUGAGGUGGCAGCAGAGGCUGUUAAUGCAGGGGAAGGGGACAUUGAUCGGGAUGGAGCGAUGGGGGGAGGCGAGCCUUGCAGCACACCAGUGGAGCCCGAUGUGCAGAAGCAGAGCACAAGGCACUCAGCCAAGGCCUCUGCUGCAAGCAUGAAAGGAGGAAAGGGACAGGGAAAGGGAGCAGAGAAGGCAGGAGGACAGGGGAAGGGAGGAGAGAAGGGAGGGGGACAUGGGAAGGGGGCAGCGGCUGCAGGGUCAGGGAAAGGGGCGGCUAAGGGUGGUGGGAAGGCUGCUGGAAAAGGGGGUCCUAAGAAGGGGCAGGGAAGCAUCAUGUCAUUCUUUCAGAAGCGGACAUAA